GUGUGGGCGGGGCCGGUGACGUCAGGCUCAGCUGUUCCCUGUACAAUGGCAGCCGGGGAGAAGGAAGCUGCGGCCUCCGGGACUGAGAGACAGAGAGCGGCCUGACACUAUUAGUUUGGCGCCUCCUUGGUGUAACCAUGGCGAGCCCCGUGGUGCGUCAGAUUGACAAGCAGUUCCUCGUCUGCAGCAUCUGCUUGGAGCGGUACCACAUUCCCAAGGUCCUCCCGUGUCUUCACACGUUCUGCGAGAGGUGUCUGCAGAGCUAUAUACCCCCUCAGAGCCUGACUCUCUCCUGCCCGGUGUGCCGCCAGACCUCCAUCCUGCCCGAACGUGGGGUCUCGGCUCUGCAGAAUAACUUCUUCAUCACAAACCUAAUGGAGGUUCUGCAGCGGAGCCCUGAGAGUGGGCGACAAGAGCAGAACGUGCUGCCGAGUGAGGGCCACACACCUGCAACACCGCUGUCCUGUCCAAACCACCAGGGAAAGACCAUGGAGUAUUACUGUGGCCCCUGUGAGACAGCCAUGUGUGUAGAGUGCACAGAGGGAGAGCACCGGGAACAUUGUACUGUGCCCCUGAGAGACGUUCUAGAGCAGCACAAAGCGUCACUGCGCAUCCAGCUGGACAGCAUCAAGGGCAGAAUCCCCCAGCUGACCUCCGCCAUUGACCUGGUGGGUGAGAUCAGCCGGCAGCUGAGCGAGAGGAAGAAUGCCGCCGUCAACGAGAUCUGCUCAGCCUUUGAGGAAUUAGAAAAAGCUCUGCAGCACAGGAAGAACUCACUGCUCCAGGACCUGGAGGCCAUCUCCGCCAGCAAGCAGGAGGUUCUACAAGCUCAGCUGUCGUCUCUGAGGCAAGGCCUAGAUAACAUGGAGAGCAGCGUGCGUUUUACCGAGCAAGCUCUUGGUCAUGGUUCGGAAACAGAAGUCCUCUUGGUCAGGAAGCAGAUGAGCGAGAGACUGAAUGAGCUGGGUUCCCGUGACUUCCAUCUGCACCCCCAGCAGAACCCACAGCUGGAAUUCCGAGUGGAGACAGAAGGGCUUCGUCGCUCCCUGCAGAACCUGGGGGCUCUUCUUACCACUAGUGCUGUGGCCCAUGCAUCCGUCGCUACGGGAGAGGGCCUGCGCCAAGCCCUGGUGGGACACCAAACAUCUGUCACUGUCACCACUAAAGACAAAGACGGAGAAUUAGUCAAAACUGGCAAUGCCACCCUAAAGGCGCAACUGACGACUCCAGAUGGGGCAACGCUGGACGGGGAGGUGACUGAUAAUAAGAAUGGGACUUACGAGGUCCUCUACACUCCACGUCAUGAAGGUGAACACCACCUCUCUCUACGGCUGUAUGGCCAGCCUCUACGUGGAAGCCCGUACAGGGUGAGAGCGGUAAAGCCUGGAGACGUACCAGCCUCGCCUGAGGAUGUGAAGCGCAGGGUAAAGUCUCCUAGCGGGGGUCACAUAAGACAAAAGGCGGUGAGGAGGCCAUCCAGUAUGUACAGCACCAACAAGAAGAAGGAAAACCCCAUAGAAGAUGAGAUGAUCCUCAGAGUUGGGUCCCGCGGGCGCGAAAAAGGCGAAUUCUCCAACCUCCAGGGCAUCUCUGCGUCCAGUAACAAUCGCAUCGUGGUGGCUGAUAGUAACAAUCAGUGCAUACAGGUCUUCUCUAAUGAGGGGCAGUUUAAGCUGCGUUUUGGGGUCCGAGGGAGAUCGCCGGGGCAGUUGCAGCGCCCCACCGGUGUGACAGUGGACAUGAACGGUGACAUCAUCGUGGCAGAUUAUGACAAUCGUUGGGUCAGCAUCUUCUCUCCAGAGGGCAAGUUCAAGAACAAAGUGGGUGUUGGACGUCUAAUGGGCCCCAAGGGAGUGGCCGUAGACCGUAAUGGGCAUCUCAUCGUGGUGGAUAACAAGUCCUGUUGCAUCUUCAUCUUCCAGUCCAAUGGAAAAUUAGUUGGGAGAUUUGGGGGUCGGGGUCCAGGAGACAAGCACCAAGCAGGAAGCCUGGAUGGCCCCCAUUUUGUUGCGGUUAAUAACAAGAAUGAGAUCAUAGUGACGGAUUUCCACAACCAUUCUGUAAAGGUGUACAGUGCGGAAGGAGAGUUCCUCUAUAAGUUUGGCUCCCAUGGGGAGGGGAACGGACAGUUUAACGCUCCCACUGGAGUUGCUGUGGAUUCGAAUGGAAACAUUAUUGUUGCUGACUGGGGCAACAGCCGUAUUCAGGUGUUUGACAGUUCUGGCUCCUUUUUAUCCUACAUCAAUACCAUGGCCGACCCACUGUAUGGGCCGCAAGGGCUGGCGCUCACCUCCGAUGGUCACGUGGUGGUGGCUGAUUCUGGAAACCAUUGCUUCAAAGUCUACCGGUACCUCCAGUGAUGAUGCGGGGAAAGGAGCCUCUGCUGGCACUAUGCCAUGUGCUUGACAUCUGCCAGCUGCCUGCCCAGUCCGUCCUGACGUGGUGUCUCCUCCCUGUCUGUCCUAUAAGCCGCGAGUGCCAGUUCUUGUCCUAGUGCCAGACGCAAUGUGUAAACACUGCUGUACCCUUCUGUGUUCUGCCAAAUGACUUCUGCUCAGCACAAAUAAGGUCUAACGAGCCGCCCCUGCUUUCUGCCAUACCGCUCCUGCUUUCCCCAUCUCCCUGUGACCUUGCUCUUAUCGCUGCAGUUCCCUGUAAUGAUCCAGACUCUACGAAGGAUGGCUGCUGAAUGUGUAUCUGUGCAGGGAGUCGUGGGAGAUUUCGCAGGUCCUUACACCAAUGUUUACAGGCCAAAAUGGGCGCUUACAUAAAGACUUCAUUUAUGGCUGGCCUCUUGCUCCGUGGGUCCAACCAGCUGCACCACUGUGGAUGUCUACCACCACAAGUGUGGCCCCAGGAAAGAUGGCUGCCACCUGAUUGCCGAUGGAAAGAUGGCAGCCGUGGGAAAGAUGGCUGCCGUCUAGCUGCAGCGGGAAAGAUGGCUGCUCAUGGACUUUUGCACUGAUUGGUAAUGGUUCCUGUUGAACUUACACACCUGGCAGGCAGUGAACUUGUGUACAGAAGUAUCUGGCGUCUCCAGUUUGUAUAUGGUCACCCAUGUUUGCCAGUAAGGUAUACACUACACACACCACUACAGUAUGUAUCCUGGACUGUGCUGGGUCGUUCCCUGACGCUGGGAGUUACACGAAGGGUGAACCGGCCUCAGCUCCUGAAUGUAACUUCUUGAAGGGUAAACAGGGUCUCCACAUGGAGCAGUUACAGGGUUUUCCCAGCAUUUAUUUCUUAUUGUGACCCACUGCAGGGUUCCAGACUAUGUCAGGGCUGCAUCUGUAUGGAUCUCAGCGUAUGGGGUGUAAUUCCCUCUUCCACCACCAGGAUAUAGGUCCUUCUUUACAUCUGUCCACCUUCUCUUCCACAGGUUACAGUCCCCCCUCUCCUUACCCCUACCUGAGUAUAGGUCCCCCUCUACAUCUCUCCACCAUCUCUUCCACAGGUUACAGUUCCCCCUCUCCUUACCCCUACCUGAGUAUAGGUCCCCCUCUACAUCUGUCCACCAUCUCUUCCACAGGUUACAGUUCCCCCUCUCCUUACCCCUACCUGAGUAUAGGUCCCCCUCUACAUCUGUCCACCAUCUCUUCCACAGGUUACAGUUCCCUCUCUCCUUACCCCUACCUGAGUAUAGGUCCCUCUCUACAUCUCUCCACCAUCUCUUCCACAGGUUACAGUUCCCCCUCUCCUUACCCCUACCUGAGUAUAGGUCCCUCUCUACAUCUCUCCACCAUCUCUUCCACAGGUUACAGUUCCCCCUCUCCUUACCCCUACCUGAGUAUAGGUCCCCCUAUACAUCUCUCCACCAUCUCUUCCACAGGGUACAGUUCCCCCUCUCCUUACCCCUACCUGAGUAUAGGUCCCCCUCUACAUCUCUCCACCAUCUCUUCCACAGGUUACAGUCCCCCCUCUCCUUACCCCUACCUGAGUAUAGGUCCCUCUCUACAUCUGUCCACCAUCUCUUCCACAGGUUACAGUUCCCCCUCUCCUUACCCCUACCUGAGUAUAGAUCCCCCUCUACAUCUGUCCACCAUCUCUUCCACAGGUUACAGUUCCCCCUCUCCUUACCCCUACCUGAGUAUAGGUCCCUCUCGUCAUCUGUCCACCAUCUCUUCCACAGGUUACAGUUCCCCCUCUCCUUACCCCUACCUGAGUAUAGGUCCCCCUCUACAUCUCUCCACCAUCUCUUCCACAGGGUACAGUUCCCCCUCUCCUUACCCCUACCUGAGUAUAGGUCCCCCUCUACAUCUCUCCACCAUCUCUUCCACAGGGUACAGUUCCCUCUCUCCUUAACCCUACCUGAGUAUAGGUCCCCCUCUACAUCUCUCCACCAUCUCUUCCACAGGUUACAGUCCCCCCUCUCCUUACCCCUACCUGAGUAUAGGUCCCCCUCUACAUCUCUCCACCAUCUGUUCCACAGGUUACAGUCCCCCCUCUCCUUACCCCUACCUGAGUAUAGGUCCCCCUCUACAUCUCUCCACCAUCUCUUCCACAGGGUACAGUUCCCUCUCUCCUUACCCCUACCGGGGUAUAACUCCCCCUCUACAUCUCUCCACCAUCUCUUCCACAGGUUACAGUCCCCCCUCUCCUUACCCCUACCUGAGUAUAACUCCCUCUGUGCAUCCCACCGCCAUUUGUUCCACAGGGUCUUGUAUCUCUCCCCCCCCACACACACACACGGUAUAAGUGUCUCCCCCUUGCCAGGGCAGAGGUCAUUGUCAUCCCCAACCAGAGUAUAAGUUGUCUCCAGGGUAUAGGGCCUUCCCUCUCCCCACCACCACAGGACAUACUGUAGGGCCUGAUUCAGAUCUGACUGCAGGUCCGCUGCACCAUGCAGAUUUCUGAUUAUCGGCAAUCUGUGGCUGUGCAAGGUCCGUUCUGCGCAUGUCACCACGCAGACUUCCCGGUCUUGCAUCUGCCCCUUCUGUCAGCAAAGUAAGCUGGUCGCGGUGUUGGAUACCAGCUUGCGACGUCAGUCACAGUGCUGGGAUCACAGCUACAGGCAGGAGGUGUCUCUUGUACUGAGACGUCUCCUGCAUGUCCCUCCUUCAGAUCGGCCACAAAUACUGUAUUGCCGUCCUCUGAAUCGGGUCCACAAUCCCCUCUCUCCUGUCCUCUAGGCUGUAAGUGGUUCCCAGCCCAGGGUACAGCCCGCUGCAGUGUCCAUCUCUCUCAGGAGCCCCCUGUCUUACACCCCUGCGAGGUGCAGCAGCGUGGGGUAAGGUCUGGCAGAGCAGUUAUAUGGUUAUAAUACUGAGCUAUUUAUACUAUCACUCAUUUUCUUUUCCAAUCAUGUAUUAUAAUUCACACUCUGUGCCAAAUGCUGCAAGAGCAAAUGGCGCUCAGCGCAGCUUCAGACUAUGUGAGUGUAGAGCUGGUCUGACCCCAGUCGCAGCCCCCGCUCCUGCACAUAGUGUAACACACAGCCCCCCGCUCCUGUACAUACUGUACCACAUGGUCCACCGCUCCUGUACAUACUGUACCACACAGCCCCCCCGCUCCUGUACAUACUGUACCACAUGGUCCACCGCUCCUGUACAUACUGUACCACACAGCCCCCCCGCUCCUGUACAUACUGUACCACAUGGUCCACCGCUCCUGUACAUACUGUACCACACAGCCCCCCCGCUCCUGUACAUACUGUACCACAUGGCCCACCGCUACUGCACAUACUGUACCACACAGCCCCCGCUCCUGCCAUACUGUAACACGCAGCCCCCCCCCGCUCCUGCACAUACUGUAACACGCAGCCCCCCCCCCCCGCUCCUGCACAUACUAUAACACGCAGCCCCCCGCUCCUGCCAUACUGUAACACGCAGCCCCCCCCCGCUCCUGCACAUACUGUAACGCGACUCCUCUGCUCCUGCACAUAGUGUAAUACGCAGCCCCUUGCUCCUGCACAUACUGUAACACGCGGCCUCCCGCUCCUGCACAUAGGGUAAUACGCAGUUCCCCGCUACUGCCCAUGCUGUACCACACAGCCCCCUGCUCCUGUACAUACUGUAACACACGGCCCCCCUCCGCUCCUGCACAUAGUGUAACACGUGGCCCCCCGCUCCUGCACAUACUGUAACACACAGCCCCCCGCUCCUGCACAUACUGUAACACGCAGCCUCCCGCUCCUGCACAUAGUGUAACACGCGGCCUUCUGCUCCUGCACAUACUGUAACACGCAGCCUCCCGCUCCUGCACAUAGUGUAACACGCAGCCCCCAGCUCCUGCACAUAGUGUAAUACGCAGUUCCCCGCUACUGCCCAUGCUGUACCACACAGCCCCCUGCUCCUGUACAUACUGUAACACACGCCCCCCCCGCUACUGCCCAUGCUGUACCACACAGCCCCCUGCUCCUGUACAUACUGUAACACACGGCCCCCCUCCGCUCCUGCACAUAGUGUAACACGUGGCCCCCCGCUCCUGUACAUACUGUAACACACGGCCCCCCUCCGCUCCUGCACAUAGUGUAACACGUGGCCCCCCGCUCCUGCACAUACUGUAACACACAGCCCCCCGCUCCUGCACAUAGUGUAACACGCAGCCCCCAGCUCCUGCACAUAGUGUAAUACGCAGUUCCCCGCUACUGCCCAUGCUGUACCACACAGCCCCCUGCUCCUGUACAUACUGUAACAUGCCCCCCUCCGCUCCUGCACAUACUGUAACACACGCCCCCCCCGCUCCUGCACAUACUGUAACACGCGGCCCCCCGCUCCUGCACAUAUUGUAACAUGCAGCCCCCCGCUCCUGCACAUACUGUAACAUGCCCCCCUCCGCUCCUGCACAUACUGUAACACGCGGCCCCCCUCCGCUCCUGCACAUACUGUAACAUGCGCCCCCUCCCGCUCCUGCACAUACUGUAACACGCGGCCCCCACUCCUGCACAUACUGUAACAUGCGGCCCCCCUCCGCUCCUGCACAUACUGUAACAUGCGGCCCCCCUCCGCUCCUGCACAUACUGUAACACGCGGCCCCCCCGCUCCUGCACAUACUGUAACAUGCGCCCCCUCCCGCUCCUGCACAUACUGUAACACGCGGCCCCCCCGCUCCUGCACAUACUGUAACACGCGGCCCCCCUCCGCUCCUGCACAUACUGUAACAUGCGCCCCCUCCCGCUCCUGCACAUACUGUAACACGCGGCCCCCACUCCUGCACAUACUGUAACAUGCGGCCCCCCUCCGCUCCUGCACAUACUGUAACAUGCGGCCCCCCUCCGCUCCUGCACAUACUGUAACAUGCGGCCCCCCUCCGCUCCUGCACAUACUGUAACACGCAGCCCCCCGCUCCUGCACAUACUGUAACAUGCCCCCCUCCGCUCCUGCACAUACUGUAACACGCGGCCCCCCCGCUCCUGCACAUACUGUAACAUGCGCCCCCUCCCGCUCCUGCACAUACUGUAACAUGCGCCCCCUCCCGCUCCUGCACAUACUGUAACACGCGGCCCCCACUCCUGCACAUACUGUAACAUGCGGCCCCCCUCCGCUCCUGCACAUACUGUAACAUGCGGCCCCCCUCCGCUCCUGCUCAUACUGUAACACGCGGCCCCCCCGCUCCUGCACAUAUUGUAACAUGCAGCCCCUCGCUCCUGCACAUACUGUAACACGUGGCCCCCCGCUCCUGCACAUACUGUAACACGUGGCGCCCCGCUCCUGCACAUAUUGUAACACACAGCCCCCCGCUCCUGCACAUACUGUAACACACAGCCCCCCGCUCCUGCACAUACUGUAACACGUGGCGCCCCGCUCCUGCACAUAUUGUAACACACAGCCCCCCGCUCCUGCACAUACUGUAACACACAGCCCCCCGCUCCUGCACAUACUGUAACACGUGGCCCCCCGCUCCUGCACAUACUGUAACACAGCCCCCCGCUCCUGCACAUACUGUAACACGCGGCCCCCGCUCCUGCACAUAUUGUAACAUGCAGCCCCCCGCUCCUGCACAUACUGUAACAUGCGCCCCCUCCCGCUCCUGCACAUACUGUAACACGCGGCCCCCACUCCUGCACAUACUGUAACAUGCGGCCCCCCUCCGCUCCUGCACAUACUGUAACAUGCGGCCCCCCUCCGCUCCUGCACAUACUGUAACACGCGGCCCCCCCGCUCCUGCACAUAUUGUAACAUGCAGCCCCUCGCUCCUGCACAUACUGUAACACGUGGCCCCCCGCUCCUGCACAUACUGUAACACGUGGCGCCCCGCUCCUGCACAUAUUGUAACACACAGCCCCCCGCUCCUGCACAUACUGUAACACACAGCCCCCCGCUCCUGCACAUACUGUAACACAGCCCCCCGCUCCUGCACAUACUGUAACACACAGCCCCCCGCUCCUGCACAUACUGUAACAUAGAGCCCCCCGCUCCUGCACAUACUGUAACAUAGAGCCCCUCGCUCCUGCACAUACUGUAACACAGCCCCCGCUCCUGCACAUACUGUAACACACAGCCCCCCGCUCCUGCACAUAGUGUAACAUAGAGCCCCUCGCUCCUGCACAUACUGUAACAUAGAGCCCCUCGCUCCUGCACAUACUGUAACACACAGCCCCCCGCUCCUGCACAUACUGUAACACACAGCCCCCCCGCUCCUGCACAUACUGUAACACACAGCCCCCCGCUCCUGCACAUACUGUAACAUAGAGCCCCUCGCUCCUGCACAUACUGUAACACACAGCCCCCCGCUCCUGCACAUACUGUAACAUAGAGCCCCUCGCUCCUGCACAUACUGUAACACACAGCCCCCCCGCUCCUGCACAUACUGUAACACACAGCCCCCCGCUCCUGCACAUACUGUAACAUAGAGCCCCCCGCUCCUGCACAUACUGUAACACGCAGCCCCCCGCUCCUGCACAUACUGUAACACACAGCCCCCCGCUCCUGCACAUACUGUAACACACAGCCCCUCGCUCCUGCACAUACUGUAACACACAGCCCCCCGCUCCUGCACAUACUGUAACAUAGAGCCCCUCGCUCCUGCACAUACUGUAACACACAGCCCCCCGCUCCUGCACAUACUGUAACACACAGCCCCCCGCUCCUGCACAUACUGUAACACAGAGCCCCCCGCUCCUGCACAUACUGUAACACGUGGCCCCCCACUCCUGCACAUACUGUAACACGUGGCCCCCCACUCCUGCACAUACUGUAACACACAGCCCCCCGCUCCUGCACAUACUGUAACAUAGAGCCCCCCGCUCCUGCACAUACUGUAACACAGAGCCCCCCGCUCCUGCACAUACUGUAACACACAGCCCCCCGCUCCUGCACAUACUGUAACAUAGAGCCCCCCACUCCUGCACAUACUGUAACACACAGCCCCCCGCUCCUGCACAUACUGUAACAUAGAGCCCCCCGCUCCUGCACAUACUGUAACACACAGCCCCCCGCUCCUGCACAUACUCUAACAUAGAGCCCCCCGCUCCUGCACAUACUCUAACAUAGAGCCCCCCGCUCCUGCACAUACUCUAACAUAGAGCCCCUCGCUCCUGCACAUACUGUAACAUAGAGCCCCCCGCUCCUGCACAUACUGUAACACACAGCCCCCCGCUCCUGCACAUACUGUAACAUAGAGCCCCCCGCUCCUGCACAUACUGUAACACACAGCCCCCCGCUCCUGCACAUACUGUAACAUAGAGCCCCCCGCUCCUGCACAUACUGUAACACACAGCCCCUCGCUCCUGCACAUACUGUAACACACAGCCCCUCGCUCCUGCACAUACUGUAACACACAGCCCCCCGCUCCUGCACAUACUCUAACAUAGAGCCCCCCGCUCCUGCACAUACUGUAACAUAGAGCCCCCCGCUCCUGCACAUACUGUAACACACAGCCCCCCGCUCCUGCACAUACUGUAACAUAGAGCCCCCCGCUCCUGCACAUACUGUAACACACAGCCCCCCGCUCCUGCACAUACUGUAACAUAGAGCCCCCCGCUCCUGCACAUACUGUAACACACAGCCCCCCGCUCCUGCACAUACUGUAACAUAGAGCCCCCCGCUCCUGCACAUACUGUAACACACAGCCCCCCGCUCCUGCACAUACUGUAACAUAGAGCCCCUCGCUCCUGCACAUACUGUAACACACAGCCCCCCGCUCCUGCACAUACUGUAACAUAGAGCCCCCCGCUCCUGCACAUAGUCACCCAUACUUCCUUUGCUUCAUGAUGCUACUGCACAUAUGACUUACACAUACAACUCCUCCUCCAGAACAUAAUGUUAUGUGUAUAUAGCCCUCCCCUCCCCCAUAUAACCUGUACAGCCCCUGGUGCGUUACCCUGCAGGGGGCACAUCUUUGUGCCGUGAUAGGGACCUGCCAAUGUUUGGGAUUUCCGCCUUUUUGAGUCUGCAUAUCAUGUGUUUUUUUUACUUACAUUUUUUUGCCAUCUGUAUUUGUAUUUUAUUUUUUUUAAUGAUAUUUUAUUUUGUAUACACUGUCAAAUGAAUUCACAUUAUGAAUGUAACGUCACACCUGUCGCCGAGCCACACGUACGUAACACCAGCAUCUGUAGUGAGUGAAACGGAGCAGAUUGCUCCUCUAGCAGCUAAUGCUACGCCGUAAUGACGCGCUGCCCGCUAAGUGACACGGGGGGCGGGAGCUGCCAGCAGCUGCUGAGUUAUUUCUGUUGCUAACAAUGGAUAUAAUAAUCAUUUGAUUUUUUGGUAAUGCUAAAAAAAAGAAAUUAGUAAGAAGCAGAAGGCCUGGAAUAUGGAUGGCGUGGAGGAGAGCGGAGUCUCGGGCAGAGAGCGAAUGGCUAGGAUGGAAGGGCGCAGGGUGAGUGGGGAGAUAAUAAUUGGAGGGCGAGUGAGCAGAUGAACACAAUGAAUGUUACACGUGAGGAAGGGACACUUGCGUGGACUGGCUGAAAUGACGAGGGGUAAAGGGCUGGAGUAGACCAGUUUGUAUGGAAAGAUGUUUCCUACAUUCAAAAGAGAACAAAAGCCAGCGUUUUCCAUAGCACCCAAUCGGAUGCUAGCUAGCAUUUUAUGCACUGUGCUAGAUAAAGGAUAGGUAUCAUUUGAUUGGUUUUCAUAGGGAACAACUCCACUUCUCUUUAGAAGGUUUGAUAUAUCUCGCCCAGAGGCAACGGAAUGUGUAAUAUAAUAUGGGUUUAACUGGGUGUAUCGGAUAUCUGUUGUUCAUGUGCAUAGAUGGUUUGGAUCCACGAAUGUCUGGUUCCUCACUAGUGUCUGGCAUCAGAAUGGAUGGAUUUAGGUCCUUGAGUGUCUGGUUCCUCACUAGUGCCUGGCAUCAAAAUGGAUGGUUUAGUUCCUCAAAUGUCUGGUUCCUCACUAGUGUCUGGCAUCAGAAUGGAUGGAUUUAGGUCCUUGAGUGUCUGGUUCCUCACUAGUGCCUGGCAUCAAAAUGGAUGGUUUAGUUCCUCAAAUGUCUGGUUCCUCACUAGUGCCUGGCAUCAGAAUGGAUGGAUUUAGGUCCUUGAGUGUCUGGUUCCUCACUAGUGCCUGGCAUCAGUGUAGAUGGUUAAGGUCCAGAAGUGUCUGGUUCCUCACUAUUGCAUGGCAUCAAAAUGGAUGGUUUAGGUCCUCAAGUCUCCAGUUCCUCAGAAGUGCCUGGCAUCAGAAUGGAUGAUUAAGGGCGAGGAGUGUCUGAUUCCUCACUAUUGCAUGGCCUCAAAAUGGAUGGUUUAGGUUCUCAAGUGUCUGGUUCCUUACUAGUGCAUAUCAUCAGAAUAGAUGGUUUAGGUCAGUGAGUGUCCAGUUCCUCACUAGUACCUGGCAUCAGAAUGGAUGACAUAGGGCCAGGAGUGUCUGGUUCCUCAUUAGUGCAUGGAAUCAGAAUGGACGGUUUAGGUCCUCAAGUGUCUGGUUCCUCACUAGUGCCUGGCAACAAAAUAGUUGGUUUAGAUCUGUCAGUGUCUGGUUCCUCACUAGUGCCUGGCAUCAGAAUGGAUGGUUUAGGUGUCCAGUUUCUCCCUAGUGCUUGGCAUCAGAAUGGAUGAUUAAGGGCCAGGAGUGUCUGGUUCCUCACUUGUGCCUGGCAUCAGAAUGGAUGGUUUAGGUCCUCAAUUGUCCAGUUCCUCAUUAGUGCAUGGAAUCAGAAUGGAUGCUUUAGGUCCUCAAGUGUCUGGAUCCUCAUUAGUGUCUGGCAUCAGAAUAGAUGGUUUAGGUCAAUUAGUGUCCAGUUCCUCACUAGUGCCUGGCAACAGAAGAGUUGGUUUAGAUCUAUCAGUGUCUGGUUCCUCACUAGUGCCUGGCAUCAGAAUGGAUGGUUUAGGUGUCCAGUUUCUCACUAGUGCUUGGCAUCAGAAUGAAUGAUUAAGGGCCAGGAGUGUCUGGUUCCUCAUUAGUGUUUGACAUCAGAAUGGAUGGUUUAGGUCCACGAGUGUCCAGAUCCUCACUAGUGUGUGACAUCAGCCCUCUCUACAGGUUAAAAAAAAGCACAAUUGGGAUUUAUAAUAUGAAGUUUGGGUAAAGAAUGUUUAGUAUGAGGAUUGUACCACAAAUGAGAAGAUUGGCUCUUAUUCAGUAAGUGUAGGCACUAGGGUCCAGGAUUGCUGAGGGGCAGUAUGUUUCCAGGAAGAGAAAUGGAGGAUAAUAUAGGAGUGUGAGAUUCUGGGGCGAUGCUGGGACUUGUGUAUCUAUUUUCAGGUCCUGAAUUUUGGACCUUUGUAUUAUACACAUUGUAUGGGAGACAGGAUUGAACAGCUCGCUGCAAAUAAACCCUUGUCACACCGC